AUGGCCUCGUCCUUCCGAGGAGGUACCCUGGUGGAGAAACCAAGGAAGACUCGCAGGCAUAGAGAUGGGAGGACAGUCUGUGGUAGUGUACAACCAAGCCAGGAGGGCAUCGCAUCGUUGGAUUCUAGUAGUGUACAAGGAAGCCAAGAGGGCAUCGCGUCGUCGGAUUCUAGUAGUGUACAAGGAAGCCAAGAGGGCAUCGCGUCGUUGGAUUCUAGUAGUGUACAAGGAAGCCAAGAGGGCAUCGCGUCGUUGGAUUCUAGUAGUGUACAAGGAAGCCAAGAGGGCAUCGCGCCGUUGGAUUCUAGUAGUGUACAAGGAAGCCAGGAGGGCAUCGCAUCGUUGGAUUCUAGUAGUGUACAAGGAAGCCAAGAGGGCAUCGCGUCGUCGGAUUCUAGUAGUGUACAAGGAAGCCAAGAGGGCAUCGCGUCGUCGGAUUCUAGUAGUGUACAAGGAAGCCAAGAGGGCAUCGCGUCGUUGGAUUCUAGUAGUGUACAAGGAAGCCAAGAGGGCAUCGCGUCGUUGGAUUCUAGUAGUGUACAAGGAAGCCAAGAGGGCAUCGCGUCGUUGGAUUCUAGUAGUGUACAAGGAAGCCAAGAGGGCAUCGCGUCGUUGGAUUCUAGUAGUGUACAAGGAAGCCAAGAGGGCAUCGCGUCGUUGGAUUCUAGUAGUGUACAAGGAAGCCAAGAGGGCAUCGCGUCGUCGGAUUCUAGUAGUGUACAAGGAAGCCAGGAGGGCAUCGCAUCGUUGGAUUCUAGUAGUGUACAAGGAAGCCAAGAGGGCAUCGCGUCGUCGGAUUCUAGUAGUGUACAAGGAAGCCAAGAGGGCAUCGCGUCGUUGGAUUCUAGUAGUGUACAAGGAAGCCAAGAGGGCAUCGCGCCGUUGGAUUCUAGUAGUGUACAAGGAAGCCAAGAGGGCAUCGCGUCGUUGGAGUCUAGUAGUGUACAAGGAAGCGAAGAGGGCAUCGCGUCGUUGGAGUCUAGUAGUGUACAAGGAAGCCAAGAGGGCAUCGCGUCGUUGGAUUCUAGUAGUGUACAAGGAAGCCAAGAGGGCAUCGCGUCGUUGGAUUCUAGUAGUGUACAAGGAAGCCAAGAGGGCAUCGCGUCGUUGGAUUCUAGUAGUGUACAAGGAAGCCAAGAGGGCAUCCCGUCGUUGGAUUCUAGUAGUGUACAAGGAAGCCAAGAGGGCAUCGCGUCGUUGCAUUCUAGUAGUGUACAAGGAAGCCAAGAGGGCAUCGCGUCGUUGGAUUCUAGUAGUGUACAAGGAAGCCAAGAGAACAACGCUAACCCAGAGGGCAAUGUCGAAGCAGUGCGCAGAAGUUCCUCAGGAAAUCUCUUGCAGUCGCCUUUCUUUCGGCACUCGCGGAGUCACAAACAGGGCGCGCAAAAUCUUGGACACCCCUGUGUUAUGUCACUUGACGGAAGCAGCGGCCAGUGCCCCUCGCGGCAGGUAGUGCCUAACAAAGGGACAAACCAGUCUGCCACCAUACUCCAGGCUGCUCAGCGGAACGCAUCAGAGCUUUUAGCAGCUCACUGCAACAUCCAGAACUUGGCCUCCUCUUCAACCAACUAA